UUAAGAAAUAUAAACAUUUGCUAUCUAGGUCCCUUAAAUUUAAUCGAUUCGAUAAAUAAUCAAUCACAGAAUCAUCAAUAAUACUGAAAACGCUGAUGAAUAAAAAAAUAUUUAGGAUAACAUCUAUUAGUAUCUAAUAGAAAGAGUAUAAGUAAGUACAAUUAUAAUCUAUUAAACUAUUAAUAAUUAAUAAUAGUGAAUAUUAUUGAAUAUGAAUGAACUUAUAUGACUCUUUAUCAUUAUAAAAUCCAUUAAUUUUUAUUAGUUCUUAAUUGUCUCGUUUUGUCUUACAUUCUUAAUAUAUUUCAAUUAACGCUUGGAAAGGACAGAUUCACGUUAAAAAUGGUUGGUUUUUUUUAAUAAUUUUGAAUACAUUAUUUUUUGCAGGGUAGUAAACGUACGUGAUACUAAGUGUAUUUAAAAAAGCUCGAUUAACAGGUGAUAAAUUAUAAAUUACUUGCAUUCAUUAUUUGUUACUUAUCAAAUACCAUAUCAAGUAAUUAACCUCCCUCAAAUUUGAACUUUGAACUGAAAUCGCUGUUUACGAAAUCAAGUCAAACAGCUGUAUGUAAGCAUCGUCACUCCUCCCCCGCCUUCACUCCUACCACAGAAUCAAUAUUAUUUUUAAUAGUUAAUAAACCGGAAAUUAAGAAAAUUGAAUUAUAUUUCCCAGCACUCGAUUUUGAUUAUUUAUUAUAAAGGUAAGUAAGCUAUGCUCGAAUAAUUUUUUUAGCACAUUCGUGACGCACAGUUCUUGUACAAAUUAAUGAGUAUAAAUUGAAUAAUCACAUUAAUAAACAGGUGUCUAGUUCGCAGAGUUCUUAUUGUGAAGGACCGAGGCUGCCGACUGAUGCAACGGCUGCGUCCGCACCCACUGCUGCUCUCAGAAGUUCCAAAAUUCGAAUAGAAAAAUAAAAUGGCUGUACUAUAGUCUCUGAAAGAACAUAACCUUACUCGACGUUCAUGUGGUUAUAAGCGACGCGUCACCGUUUAUCUGAGGAAUUUUAAGUAAUGAAUAAACAUAAAUAUCGUGUUUUUUUAUCUGAACUUUCUAUGAUUUCAUAGAGAAAACAGAGAUUUAUCCAACAAGAUACUUCAACGUUUGAAUAAUUCAUGAUAUGUGUUAAUUUUCAUCUUUGACUUUACAGUUCAAAAUGGCAGCUCUUGAUUUGGACCCUCAGUUUGUUCAAGCUAUUAGACUGGUCCACUCUCCUAAUAAGGAAUCUGUUGAACAAUUGCGUAAUUUACUUGAUGAAGCCAUUAGGCAAAAGUAUGGAGCUUCAAAAAUGUUGUCUAAUACACUGCAUAAAAAGUAUAUAAUGGAAGAGCAAGUACUGAGUGACCAAAGCAGUACUAGCAGUAGAAAGAGUAAAAGUUCUAAUUCAUCUAAACACUCGAGAUCUAGUAAAAACAAUUCUCCUGUGACAACUCUAAGAGAACCGACUCCAGAUCCAUUACAGACUGAUGAUUUAGCUGAUCUUUUGGGUGAUGUUGCUUGUGUUAUAUGCAAAGGGAUGGAUGUUGGAGCAAAGAAUAGAUUGGUUGAAUGUGAAAACUGUCAUAAUUUAUACCAUCAGGAAUGUCAUACUCCACAUAUUCUUGAUUCACAGGUGGACAACAAUGUAGAGUGGUCUUGUUGUAAUUGUGUGAAAAUUCAACCAACCAAGGAAAGAAACUCUCCUAAAACUGUUGAAAGUAAAACAAGGGAAUCCAAAAAGUCAUCUUUAUCUAAUUCAAAACAUUCAGACAAAUAUAAAGCAUCCAGUUCAUCAAACCAAUCGCAAAGUACCAAUGGGAGUACUUCUAAUUCUAAAUUAGUGCCAAAUAUUCAUAUAGUCAGUGCAGACAGAAGAUUAAAAGAUAUGAUAAAGAAGGCUAAGCAGGACAAGAGAGGUAGAAGUGGUACUUCUGGAACCAACAAACAUUCCUCUAGUUCAUCCAAAAGCUCGCAUGACAAGAAUUAUAGAAAUAAGUCGGAUUGAAAAAGCUCUGACCGAUAGCUUUUGUUAGACACAUUUUAUACUUUCAAAUACAACAUUUAUGAAUAGAUUUUCUUGCAAAAUGUAAAUUUAUAAAAUUAAUUGUAAAGAUGAAUUUUUCUGUAAAUAUUAGAAUACAACAGCUGGGUAACAGUUUUAAAUGAUAUAAAGAAUAUAAAUAAAAUGUUAUAUUUACAUUGAGAGUGAUUCGGAAAAACAUUUUAAUUAGAUCUUGAAAGAAGUUUAGUUAAGCCAUUAAUUUGAAAAUGAAAUGCAAGUCCUUAGAAAUUCAUCGUAUUUCAGAUAAUAGUGCUUGAAAUAACUCAUCGACGAAUUAUUUAUUGAGCUGUUGUCUAGCCGACACUGUGAUUGUAACAUAAAUUGAUGCGGUUUUCAAACAACCGGAAAGUAUUGUAAAAGGCAAUAAUCAUUGAGAGCUUUUACCCGGUGCGUGAUCCAGAAAUAAUAAAAUGUCAUCUAGUUCGAAGAAUACGCUCGCAAAAUUUUCAACGUAACGCUAUUGAAAUAAAUCCAAGGUGAACAAAACCGUUUCUCCCUUAUGAAUUUGUUCGCGAUAAUUCUCCCACAUUAUCGUGCCGACAAAUCCUUUCUUUUCCGCCCCUCAACAACUAAUCUUUCAUGGAGUUUUCUUGCCGUCAAGCCUAUAUCACUUUAUACCUCUUGUAAUUAACAAGAGAAAGAGAGAGAGAGAGAGAGAGAGAGAGAAAUAAGCUCGUUCGUUAAACCGGAUCGGGAUAUAAAAAAAGCAGCUCGGAGAAUUCGAGCGAUUUAAUUAACGGGCGCGCGCUCGCUCUGGCACAUUAUUUACAUGCGCGUCAUUUCAAACCUCGGUAAUUCACGCAAUCUGCAUUCCCGGAGAAAAUCUGCAUAACGAACCAUGACUUUUCUUUUUUAAUUAAAAAGCUAAGACAAGAGUGCGCCCGGAAGAAGUUCGCGGUUGACAGAGCGAGAUGAACGUAGGUUAUUUUUCAGGCUGAAACAGAAAAUUGCAUUUAUGCGCGCAACGACAACUGUGAAUUAAUCCUCGGUGAGACGGCGUCACAAUGUUUCGCGUUAUUGUUUAAACACAAUGGGACAUGCUGGGGGUUGAGGUCUUAGCUUUAGUGAAGGGAGAGUUGGAAACGGCAUUAAUUAUCGAUUUUUCGCGAGCGUGCGGAAGUAAUCCCUGGCUUGACAGUCUCAAGCUUGCGCGCGCCGAGCUUAACGUAAUUUAUCAAGGAGAUGAAUUAACGCUCUCUAUCUUGCCGCUCUCUCUCCCUCUGCACAAUGAGUUGCGCGAUAUUCAACGACGGCGACGGCGUCUGAACUCGGACGAGGAAAGCUUUUUUCGUUAAUCCUCGUGGCAAUUUGUACGACUUAUUCCUUCUCUCUGGUUAAACAGCAGCAUGACCUGGCGUUGAAAGCUUUCCAUCAUAUAAAUCCGACAGCUUUCAGUCGCGCAUACGCAAACAUGCAGGAGCCGGCGUGUUUCGAUUAAAAUAGAAGCGCGUUAUAACAAGGCAAUUACGCGGGACGAUUAUUACGGCAAGUAGUGCAAGUAUUCGUCGCACGCUGCGGAAAAACAAUCGUUGGCCAAUAGAAAAGCGAUCGAGUGUUUGUUUGUAAUGUCGAAGAAAACAAGAGACUUGGAUUCUUAAGCAAAGAACGAGAAACUCAAGGCACACGACGAAAACAUUUCUCGCGAGGCAUCGCUGCAGAGCGGUGAAAACUUUUCAACAAGAUAUUCACGCACGCGAAUCAUAAAAACCCAUUGAAAAGUUGCGAGGUAGAGAGCUCUUUUGUCGCGAUGGGCGUGUGCAAGCCUUUCUCGUGCACAACUUGGAAAAAAGCGAGCUCGCGCAAGCUCUUCGACGUUACAGCGAAUAUACAUUCAUUUUUUUCGUUUCGUCCAGAUUCGAUAUAUCCUCUCACCACAAUAACAGACACUCGCUUUUGUCGUGCAAUAACCUGGAAAAAAAGGAGAGUGAGAGCGGACGAGGGCUCGUGGAAAAAAGCCAUCAUCGCGAAGUGCUGCACAUUUUUCAAAUAAUUGGCUGUUCCAAGAGGACACACUCGUGGGAUCGAGGACUAUCGUCAUCAAGCGAUAUGAGAGAGGCCGAGUGUAGUAGUCGCAGGGGUCGUCGCUGCCUGUACAUAUCUUCCUACGCACAAAGGGAAAAGGGCUACGCGUGUGUGCACGCUGGGGAGGGGCUGCGAAUAAAAAGGAGAGAGAGGAGCGGGAGAAUAAAGCAGGAAUGACAUGAGAAAUGGAAAAGUCAAGAAAAGUCAAAAAGCCUCGUUUAUAAUACUAAUAUAUUUGUCGCAAUUCUUCAGAAUGGUAAAAAAAACAGAAAAACAAGGAAAAGAGUCCGGGAAAAUUCUCGCUUGAUUGCUCCCCAAUUUGGCAAAAGUCACUCGAUGUGGGUGUGCGGCGCUGGCGUUAUACAUUACACCCACACACGUGCUCAUACGCACGUACACAGACACAUAGUUGGGACAUACCAAUGCGCGAGAGAAUGGAGGAUGAGAGAACGAAAGAGAGGGGAGAGAGAGAGAGAGACGAACAGACACAAUCGGAGGAAGGGGCGCGUCGUUCUUAUCGCGUUCUCGAUUUCCUUGCAGCGUAUUUUUCUCUCACUCUCUCUCUCUCUCUCUCUCUCUCUCUCUCUCUCUCUCUCUCUCUCUCUCUCGAGUAAAGUGCGUCGACCCCUCGUUUCUCUCCGCCAUUCUGCUUUUUUUUGUCUCUCUCUCUCUCUCUCUCUCUCUCUCUCUCUCUCUCUCUCUCUCUCUCUCUCUCUCUCGGUCCCCUCCUUCUACGAGUUACACGCUGCAUGCGCUCUCCCUACUAAUUAUACGAGGAAAAAUAAAAAAAAAUCCUUGCGAGCGAAUCAUCGUCGCAGUUGCUGAAGCUUAUAAAACUAGGCGACACGCCGAAUUAACGCGAGCAUAUACCUCACGCGCUUCACAAUUGACAAGCUUAUUUUGUGAGUUUUCGUUUCCUCAAGUUUAGUGUCUACCGACUUUCCAACUUCUCGUACUUCAGAUAUUCACAAACGCUCUUUACGCUGGCACAAUAUUCAUUCUUAUCCUUUACAAAGUAACUAUGCGUACGGGCAUGCAAAUCACGAGAACGAGACAAGUGUGCGCAAGGGAAUGUGCAUUUAUAAUUGAGCAUUUCGCAGCUAGUCUUUGAAUUUCAUUCUUCUUCGUUCUCAUUUUUUUGUACAACAGUCUUUGUAUGCAACUCCCUCUUGAAAGCGAGCGCUUUUUUCUUUGCAAGCUCGUUGCCGGUAGACACUCGCUACUGCUCUUUCGAACGACGAUGCGUCAAUCGAACACCCGAGCCCUGCGGCUAGUCAUACUUUCCCCAGUGUAGAAAGGAGAGGGGCAACCGAACGAAUAUAAAAAAUCGACAACACUUUUAUCUUGUCCCGUCGACUGAAACAACUGGAUUACGUGGCUUUUUUUCACGACGCUCGAUCGACGCAUCGCGUACUUUACUUUUUGAAAUCUCUAGUACAAUUUUUAUUUUUUCUCCUAUCUUUUUCUUUAUUUUUUCUGUUUUCUGUAAAAUUUCCGCCCGCCUGCGCGCAUUUUUAUCUUUAUAUCACUCGUGAGGCUUGCUACAAUAUACGUUUAAAAAUGUGUGUAUAUAUAUAUAUAUAUAUAUAUAUAUAUACACACACACACACAAGUGCAUAUGUAUAUAUAUAUAUUUAUAUAAUAUAUUCAAUAUAUGUAUAUAUCACCUGGGUUUCACAAAAUAAUUUAUUAUAGCAAAUAUUCAUUCCGAUACAAAAUCACGUAUCAAUAAAUCGCACGCACGGCUCACAUGCAUACAUCCCCCGUGGCGUCGGCGGUGGCCGAUAUAUCGUUGCUCUCUGCGCGCGCACGUACGCGUGUGCCAUACUCGCCGCAUCCGUAUUAUCGCACA